AUGGCCUCUCUCCCCGUUUCUCUCAAAAAAGAACUGCCCGACCAAUCAGCCACCAUGCCCGGUAUCGGUGCCGAAAGCCCACCCGCUGAUGACAAAGAUUGGGAGAUGAUCGACGAAGGCUCACCAAUGGCGGGACAGAAAAUCGAUCCUACAUCGGUCGGGCUCGAUAUCCACCGUUUGCAGGGUUCGGACGGAAUGGCCAUCUCAGUGCGGUCACCGAAGAAGACUCCGACCAUCUUGGGCGAAAAACAACGCUUUCCGGUGGACAUCGUUUUAGUGAUUGACAUAUCAACAAGCAUGGCAUCGUUUGUCGAGUGCCCUAAGGAGCAAGACGGCAGUUCUGGGACGGGGAAUCGAUCCGGAAACGAGCCCAGUGCCCGCCACUCGAUCUUGGACUUGGUGAAGAAUGCAACACUUGCAAUCAUUGAGAACUUGGAUGAGCGAGAUAGACUUGGUAUAGUCACGUUCGGAUACGACGCUGAGGUAAUAUCAUCCAGCUUCUCCAUCAACAUGAAUCCAAAUGGUGGAAUUCAACUGACAUGGAAACGCCAAUUCGCGAAACAGAUACUCCAAGAACUCACCUAUAUGACUUGCGAGGCUCGCGAAUCCCUCAUGACGAAAAUCCAGACAGUCGGAGUACACGGCGCAACGAACAUGUGGGCAGGGCUCCGGAAAGGGUAUCAAAUGCUAUCAAGUGAAGGCCAAGGGCCCGUGAGGAAGCCUGAUCAGCAAGCCCUUUCUGCGAUAUACCUGCUCACGGAUGGCCAACCCAAUGUCAUGCCCCCAGCGGAGGGCUACGUGCCAGCGUUACGCAAAUUGGUCUCGCGAGGAGUUGGAAAGGGAUGUGACUCGGUCAUACCCUCGCUUCACACUUUCGGCUUCGGAUACAGUCUGCGCUCAGGACUGCUGCAGGCCAUGGCCGAGGUAGGUGGAGGGUAUUACGGGUUCAUCCCUAACGGAUUUUUAAUGGCCACGAUCUUCACGCACGCCAUUGCGAACCUUUUUGCGACAUUCACGACAUCCGCAAGCCUGAAGGUGACUGUCUCUGGCUGCUCGAAGAUGCCGGAGCCAUUGAAGGGAGCGGUUCUGUGCAGAUCAAAGGAAGAUACACUAGAUAUCUCUCUUUACAACCUCCAGUAUGGCCAAACACGCGAGAUAGUCCUUUCUUGGCCGACGAACGAGGACAAGUCCAACCAGAAGCCGAUCACGAUAGCCGCGGCGCUUGAGUACACUGGACCAGGGCUCGGUUCUCAGCGAGCAGAGGCCGUCAUGGAAGCCUCACAGAUACCAGCGUACCCUAACCGCGCCUUGGCCAAGUACCACGCGCACCGCUCACUUGUUUGCGAGUUUCUAGCUUCACUCUCCAAGCAAGAUGCCGAGGAAGAAUACUUGCCUAUCCCUGCGGAGGCUGAGCUGGACGAUGCCCUGUCCAGGCUUGAUGAGCUGAUCCAGAAAAUCAAAGCGAGCGCCCACGCAGGUAGCGAUAGCCAAGAGAUCCUGUUCGAUCUCGGGUCUGGUCUCGAAGAAGCGCGAGCGAGUGCAGGCGACCCAGCCGGCCAAGUGUUUCAAGCCCUGUUCCGACCAGAAUAUUAUCAAACGUGGGGGAAGCACUAUCUGCCAUCGCUCCUCCACGCGUACAGGAACCAGCUUUGCAUCAACGACAAAGACCAAGGGCCCAAAACGUUCGUCAAGAACAACCCUCUCUUCGCAAAGUUCAAGGAGGCCCAGAGCGAUUCCUGGGACAAGGCCGGAGACCGGCUCAUGGAGAUUGUGAAGAAACAGGCCCAGGCGGGUGCUGGGCCGCGGUCACACUCUCGCGUGCUACCUUCCGUCUCGCGCGUCUCCAUGGCCGCCUACAACAGCCCCCACAAUCCUUGCUUCGCCGGGCCGUCGCGUGUCCUCCUUUCGUCUGGCCAGCGCGUUCCAGUGCGCCUCAUCCGGCGGGGGGCGUCUGUGCUUACGCCGGCUGGGCCGCGCCGGGUGGCUGCCGUUGUCCAGACGUCGCUGAGCAGGGUGGCGCUGUGCAAGCUCGGCGGACUCUUGGUCACGCCCUGGCACCCGAUUUUGGAUGCGCAGAGCAAAGAAUGGGUAUUUCCGGCCAUGGUCGCGGAUGCUCGCGUCCGACGCGGGGUGAAGGUGUACUCACUGCUGUUGGAGAGGAGCUAUGGGCCGGAGGCGCAUGCGGUGAACGUCGGUGGUCAUUGGUGUGUCACGCUUGGGCACGGAAAAACGGAGAUGUCUGCAGAAGAUGUGCGGGGGCAUGAGUUCUUUGGAGACUACGCAAAGGUGAUGCGAGAGCUGAAGAGGCUGCCCAAAGGAAGCGAUGGACUGUUCCGUUGUGGCGGUAUGGCAAGAGAUGGGGCGACGGGCUUGGCUUGCGGGUUCAAGAAGCCGAUUGAGGGGCAUGGCCGGGCCCAGCGACGGAACGUAGGACACAGAGUCAUGGGUAGGUGUUUGUGA